AUCAAAAACUUAAAGUAUGGGACUUUGUAGAAACACCCGAGGUCGCGGUAUGGGAACUGAACGAUGCUUGGAAGGCUCACGAUGGUUCUGUUAUGAAGGCUUUAUGGGCUCCUCCUGAAUAUGGUCAAAUCAUUGCAAGUUGUUCAUUUGAUAGAACAGUCAAGAUUUGGGAAGAACAACCUAAUCCAAGAAUUCUCAACGUAGAUGGUCUGAAAGAUUUCGAUUAGUGGAAUCUAAAGGUGCCGUAUUGGACAUUGCUUUUUCGCCCAUGCAAGGAGCUUUACGACUGGCUUCUUGUUCAGCGGAUGGAGUUAUUCGAAUUUAUGAAGCGUUGGAACCUACUAACUUGACACAAUGGUCUCAAAUGGAGGAAUUUACUAUAGAUAUGGGUAAAGGUAGUUCAUCAUCCGCCAUGACCACUCCAGCUCUCACCAGCGUAGCACCUACAUCGUCUUUAUUAUCUCAACAACAACAAUUACAACAACAUCAACUUCAUGAACAACUUCAACUUCAACAAAUACAGCAAGGAAAUUUAGAACCAUUCCAACAACAACAGAAGAAACAACUACAGCAACAACAAUUACAAUUACCACAGCAAUUGCAACAAUUACAAUUACAGCAUCAACAAUCAUCUUCAUCAUCACCAAGCUCACAACAGGGUGAUCAUCAAUCUAUAGGCAACAGCAAGGAUCAGGAACAACAGUCAUAUCUAUCACAAUCUCAAUUACAGCGACAACAGCAACAACAGCAAUAUGAACAGCAGCAACAAGAACAACAACAGCAAGAACAACAGAAUAUGUCAGGUUCAAGACUACAUCCACCUCAUCUUGGUAAUCUAAGCUCACCGCCCUCCAAUCUUCAACAACAUCUUCCAUUACAAACGCCAAAUUCAAGUUCAAGUGGUGGCAGCAAUUCCAUGGAUACCCCUCAGUUACCUUUUGGAACCCAUCUUCCUGCGACACCCGGCAUCCCUCCUCCUAUGACAUUACCAGGUGUUGCUCCAAGUCUGACGAUGUCUUCUUUGGAUCAACAUCAACCACUGGAAUCUGAACAUCAUCAACACCGACCUAUCGAUAUUGAAAGUGGAUAUUGUAUUCAUUGGUGUCCCAAUCGAACAUCUCAUCCAAUGAUGGUAGUUGGCUUAGGAAAAGAAUAUGGUGCAAAGAUCUUUAAACAUGAUGGACAUAAUCGAUGGUAUCCUGGUGAAUUAUUAUUUGGACAUACAAAUCAAGUCAAUGAUGUGAGCUGGGCACCUAGUAUGGGCAGAUCAUAUCAAUUGAUUGCUACUGCAUGCAAGGAUCAUUAUGUACGGAUAUUCAAAUUGACAGAUACCAUGGCAUUAAAGGAUGGAACUAGAGUGAACGUACUCAGCAAGCAAUCAUCCACCACUAAAUCAAGUGGUAACUUUCAUGUGGAAAUGGUGGCUGAAUUCGGUCAACAUCAAGCAGAGGUAUGGCGUGUUGAAUGGAAUAUCAUGGGUACCAUUCUCUCUUCUUCCGGUAGUGAUGGUACAGUUAGAUUAUGGAAAGCAGGAUAUGAUGGUCAAUGGCGUGAAAUGGCCGUGAUUAAUACUUCUAAUCAACAAAAAUCAGUAUAGUCUUCCUUAGAAUAAUUUUAGUUUAUUUAUACUUUCAAUAAAAAUCAAUCUUUUUAUUUAUCAUUAAC